GUGCGCGUCGCUUCAUUGUGGCAGUUCUUCCUGCUACUGUCUGUUUUUUUUUUAUAAUAGUUUCACAUCGCUGUAAUUGAAGAUUUAAAAGAUAAUAAACAUAAAAUGGAUACACCGCGUCGCAAACUACGUAAUUUGCAUCUCGAAAAUGUGCAAAACAAUAGCACUCCAAUACAAAUACCACCAUCGCCGAUGCUCAAGACGCUGGGCCACGGCACCGGAGUGAGUGUCUAUCGUUUGGAUCGGUCGCCAAAGCAGGGCCAGAUACGCUCGCCAUGGGCAGUAAAGCGCAUAACACAACGCACACGGGCCACAAAGGACACGCUUUUGAACGAGCGCAUCAUUCGUGAGGCGGACAUCUUACGGAAACUGAAUCAUCCAAAUAUUGUGGGCUUCCGUGGCGUGGUUAAGUCUCCAGAUGGUGUGGAAACAUUGGCGCUGGAAAUGUGCAAUACAUCGCUGGGCUCAAUUCUUGAGGAGCGUCAUGACGAGGAUCUUGGUCCAUUGCCCGCCAAAAACACAUUCAAAAUGAUAAUGGACAUUGCGCAUGCACUUGAUUUUCUACACACCGAGGCCCGUUUGUUGCACGGCGACCUCAAAUCCUUCAACGUGCUCGUCAAAGGUGAAUUCGAAAUAUGCAAGCUUUGCGAUUUCGGCGUCUCCUUACCGCUCGAUGAGCAUGGCGAAAUUAAUUUCCAAAAAAAUCCCGGACUUCAAUAUGUGGGGACCAACCUUUGGUCAGCCCCCGAGAUCAUCGAUGAGGUGGAGAUAAUUGACACCAAAGCAGAUAUCUUCAGCUUUGGGCUUAUCAUAUAUGAGACGUUGGCCCUCGUGCCGCCCCACACACUGGAACUGGAUGCGGCCUUUAAUAGCAGCAAUGAUGUGGAUUUAGAGUCACGCAAGCAGCUUAACUACUCCAACUGUGCUGGGAGCAACAAGUCGGACCUGGACGACAGUCUUGGUGUGCAUGUUGACGAGCGUGACUUUGCUGUGAAAUCUGAAGCAGAGGACGUUGUCGAGGAUGAGGAGGACGAAGAUGAUACCAAAGAGAAUGACAUCUCAGACUUUUCGCUCACUAACCUGGAGCAAGCGUAUGGCACCCGCCCGCCAUUACCAGUCGCCUUCCAACUCAGUGAUGACUACAACUGUAUUGUCGAGCUCUUCUACUUAUGCACCAAUGCCCUCAGCGAAGAUCGUCCGGCGGCUCGCACCAUUUGGCAGUGUUUUGAGAAUAAUGCAGCUAAUGUCACCGCUAGCUCUGAUGCUGCCGGUGAGUAAAGGCCAGAGUUAUUAGAUUAUCAAAUCCGAUGCGACGCUAUGGAGUGUUUAUUCCACUAUAAGCCUUUUACGUGUCAAUCGGAUGAGAGUGUGGGGUGGGGAUUGGGGAAGCAUAACGAAUUUCGCACACAUUAGUGCAAAAUUUAAUCAAAUGUUUAUGUAAAAUAUUACCACAAAAGCAUAUGGAAUGGCAAAAUUAAGAGCCAAACACUAAACUAAUUAACAUGAUGAACGCAUGAGAGGGGGGAACUCAUGUGGCUUAUGCAUUUAUGUAUGUAAUUCAAAACAGGCUCAUUUCACGGGCGUCGCGAAUAGCCGACACCUUUAAUUUUUGUUUCCUUUCGUUCCUUAACUGUAUGACUCCACUGAGCAACAGUGACAAUGACACACGAAUCUAGAUUUAAGUCCAUGUACAUACAUGCAUAUAAAUAUAGGUACACUAAGCUACCGGAUAAAGCAAAACAAAACACAAAAACUAAGACAUACAAUCCAUACAAACAACAAGCAGCCACGCACACAAGUGUGGUGAAUGCAUUUAGAUAAAAUAAUAAUAUUAUUAAUAAAUCAAAACUCUAGCAUUUACAUAUCUCCAUUUCGUAAAUGUAGAAAAUUCUCAAAUAAACGAAAUAUAAUAAAAUA